AUGGAUGUCAUUUCAACACCAAUCAUUAAAUUUUCCGGUCGCCAUCGCAAGCGAGCACUAUCAAUCGAUCUUCCUGACGCAACCGCGUGGCUUAAUAAUCUUCAGAUUGAUUUACAGACUGCAGUGAACGGUACUAAAGUGCUAUAUGAAAUUCAUGCCAAAUUUGUACCUCGCUGUCAAGACGAUCCGAUUGUGUGGACUGUCAGUCACUCCUUUGACGCAUUUCGUCGUUUUCGCAAGCAGCUACUGCAAAAGCUGCAGCCAGGCCACAAUUGUCCAGCCGAGUGCAAAUGGCUGUAUUCAGUUGUAAAGAAUCAUUUUCCCAAGCCAAAGCUGUUUUCCUCCAAUGCAUUAUCUAUCACUGAAGAACGGCGACAAUCUCUGUUGCGAAUACUUAGGAUACUUCAGGAGUCGCUUACGAACAGAAGCAAUCAAGGCUGCAACGUGCUCGUGGGCGACGUGUGCUACGACUUCGCAGCAUUCAUUUGUUCCAAGAAUUGCAAUGUGCACGAUAUUUCGUUUGUCACAAUGCUGUCUUCGCAGCUCAGCUCCGUCGAAAGCACACGUUUAUCAUUAGUAUCGGAUUGCAACGAUGAUCGUAGAAGCACAUCAAAGUCCAAUGUUCCGUGUCGAUGCGGUAGCUGCCAAGUGCAAGGCAAAGCUCGUCCAGUUCGAACAAAUCGCUGCGUUCGGGUAUCCGCUUAA